CUGUCCCUGUCCCGGUCCCGGUCCCUGUCUCUGUCCCCGUCCGGUCCCGGUCCCGUCCCGGUCCCGUCCCGGUGCCGCCCGGAGCAUGGCGGGGCUGGCGCAGUGCCAGCGCGAGGCGGAGGAGGUGACGGAGCUGAUGAAGCAGAACUUCGCCAAGGCGCUGGAGCGCGAAGGGCGCCUCAGCGACCUGGACAGCCGCGCGCAGGAGCUGCGAGCCAUGGGCGAGACGUUCACGCGCAGCACGCGGGCGGUGGCGCGGCAGCAGCGCGCGGGGCACCGGCGGUGGCGGCUGGUGCUGGGGGGGGCGGUGGCCGUGGGGCUGCUGCUGCUGCUCGCCAUCGCCCUGGGGCUGGGGCUCGCCCCCCGCGGCCCCCCCGCGCCCCCCGGCCCGGCCCCCCUGGCCACCAGCAGCCCCCCCACCCCGCCGUGACACGGCCCCGGGAGACCCUGCGGUAAAUAAGACAUUGUUAUGAGUGCUGGGAGACCCUACAAUAACAAAGCACCUGGAGCCGCUUCAGGAGACCCUACAAUAAAUAAGACAGUGAUGGGAGACCCUACAAUAACAAAGCACCUGGAGUUGCUCCAGGAGACCCUACGGUAAAUAAACACCUGGAGCUGCUCCGGGAGACCCUACGGUAAAUAAGGCAUCACUGCAAGUGAUGGGAGACCCUACAAUAACAAGCCACCUGGAGCUGCUCCGGGAGACCCUACAGUAAAUAAGACAGUGCUGUGAGUGCUGAGAAAACCUACAAUAACAAACAACCUGGAGUUGCUUUGGAGACCCUACAGUAAAUAAGACAUUAUUGCGAGUUCUGGGAGACCCUACAAUAACAAGCCACCUGGAGCUGCUCUGGGAGACCCUACAGUAAAUAAGACAGUGCUGUGAGUGCUGAGAAAACCUACAAUAACAAACAACCUGAAGUUGCUUUGGAGACCCUACAGUAAAUAAAUACCUCGAGCUACUCUGGGAGACCCUACAGUAAAUAAGACAUCACUGCAAGUGAUGGGAGACCGUACAAUAACAAACCACCCAGAUCUGCUCCAGGAGACCCUACAAUAAAUAAGCCAGCACUGCAAGUUCUGGGAGACCCUACAAUAACAAACCAACAAGAGCUGCUUGGGGAGACCCUACAAAAAUAAGCUACCACAACAAGCACUGGGAGACACUACAGUAACAAGCCACCAGGAGCUGCUUGGGAAGACCCUACAACAACAAGCCAGUAAGAACCCCCUCUGUGAGACCCUACAAUAACAAACCACCAGGAGCUGCUCCAGGACAACCCUAUAAUAAACAAACGUCAGGACCUGCCUGGGGAGACCCUAUAAAAAUAAGCCCGCACACCAAGCAGUAGGAGACACUACAGUAACAAACCACCAGGAGCUGCUCCAGGGAGACCCUACAAUAAACAAGGGUGCUUUCAGGAGACCCUGCAAUAACAAACCAGUAGGAACCUCCUCUGUGAGACCCUACAAAACAAAAUACUAGGAGGUGUUCCAGGCACACUACAAUAACAAACCAGCAGGACCCUCUCUGGGAGACCCUACAAUAAAUAAGGCUGCAGGAUCUGCUUUAUGAAGGUCCAAUGACAACAACCCACCAGGACUCGCUGUUGGAAGACCCUACAAUAACAAACCACCGUGCCUUGCGCCAGGGCGACCCAUCAAUAACAAACCCAUAGGGCCUGAUUUUGGGAGACCCUACAAUAACAGGCCUGUGGGAUCCGCUGCAGGGAGACUCUACGAUAACAAACCAGCACGACAUGCUCCAAGAAGAUCCUACAAUAAUACACCAGCAGGACUCGCCGUUGGGAGACCCUACAAUAACAAACCACCGUGCCUUACUCCAGGGAGACUCUACAAUAACAUAUAGCCAUGUCUCACCCCAAGGAGACCCUACAAUAACAAAUAUCCCUGCCUCGCCCCCAGGAGACCCUACAAUAACAACCCUACGGGGCCCAAUUCGGGGAGCCCCUACCACAAUAAACCAUCACAGCCCA